CUCUUGGCUGAUGAGGAAAAGCAGGCAGGCAAUGCUAACUUGCUCCAGUCACUCAGCCUCUAGCUCUGGGCCUGGACGUCCAAGCACGUCAGCAGCUUUGCCCAAGGAUAUACAGAGUCCAUCUGGACCACGACAAGGCUUCUCCAGCCUUCUGCUGAUGGUGGUUGAAUGUGCCUGCAGCAGCAGCAGCAGCAGCCCUGGCUGACCACCGGUCCUCCUCAGGAUGACUCCCCAGCAGAAAGCCAGCUUGUCACCACAGGGGCAGAGUGAGCAGGAUUUGGGAGCCUGUCCUCCCACCCAGGAGUGGAGCAAGAAAAUGAAGCCUAUUGAACCACGGAGGCGCUCGACGUCUGCUGCACUCAGCAAGGCACUCAGCAUGUCGAAGCAUCACUCCAGCAGGGAAGUAAUUUGCCAUACCGUCCAUUCAGACAAUGGAUUACCAGCCGGGGCUUUCGGUAAUCAAAAUUCCGUUUUCAUUUUGGAGGAGCAUGUACAGCUAACCACAGGCUUACAGACGCAAGAGAGAUGUUUGUUCCUCUUCAGCAAUAUGUUGGUUGUUGCCAAGUCCAAGUCAUCCUCCAACUUGAAACUGAAGAAGCAGGUGCACCUGAGUGAGGUGUGGACAGGCAGCUGCCUCAGUGAAGUGUCGGAGAAAAGAUUCACCCCUGAGACCUCCUUUGUGAUUGGCUGGCCCACCACCAACUUUGUUGUCACUUAUAGAUCGCCUGAAGUGAAGGACAGGUGGAUGUCCACACUGCUGUGGCACAUCAAUGAAGUGAAGCAGGCUGAGUAUCCCAAAAGUAUAUCCAUGCAGAUUUUGUUGAUGGACGGUGACCACAGCUCCUCUAGCACUACAAUAAACGUCUCCAAUGUAGAAACAGCAGAGCAUGUCAUCAAGAGAACCACUGAGCAGCUGGGACUUCCUGGCCGACCAAGAGACUAUCUCCUCUGGGUAAUAGCAGGAAGGGACAAUCAUGCUUACCCACUUAUUGGCCAUGAGCAACCCUUCAGCAUUAUUCUCAACUGCCUCCAAGACUCCAUGCACCAGCCACAAGAUACUGACAACAGAAUGCUGCUGACUGAUUGCUAUGGAACCUCCAUCCUGGACCAGCUCCCCAGGGAUAGGCAAUGCCAGUUCAUCUUGAAACUCAGACACCAGGCUCCAGAGCAGCUGCAGAGAGAAAAGGUACAGAAGCACACCAAGAGGAAGAAAUCUUUGAUUGAUUGGGCACUCCGCCGAAGCACCAGCACCCCAACUGGCAGCCCAGCAUCACAGUCUCCAACCACCUCGAGGAAGCUUUUUGGCCUAUCGCUGGAAUCAGUGUGUCCUGAUGGAAACCUCCCCAAGCCAAUUAUGGAUAUCCUGCAACUCCUGUACCAUGAGGGCCCCACUACAAAGGGCAUCUUCAGGCGUUCAGCAAAUGCCAAGACUUGCAAGGAACUGAAAGAAAAACUCAACUCUGGAGAUGAUGUCCAGGUGGAUGGUGAAUCUGUCUUUGUGGCCGCUGGAGUUAUUACGGAUUUCCUACGCAAUAUACCUGACAGUGUUCUAUCCUCAGACAUGCACGGGCUGUGGAUGGAAGCCAUGGAUAAGGAAAGCCAAGCACAUAAGAUUGAAGCACUCAAAAGCUUAGUGAAUCAGCUUCCAGAAGCCAACCUCAUUUUGCUCAGACACCUAUUUGGAGUUUUACAUCACAUUGAGCAAAAUUCGACAGAGAAUCAAAUGAACGCCUACAACUUGGCCCUCUGCAUCGCUCCCAACAUGCUGUGGCUUCCCAGCCCAACAGGUCCUGAGGAGGAAAGCAAAUCCACAAAGAAGGUGGCCAGGCUGGUGCAGUUCCUGAUUGAAAAUUCAGCUGAAAUUUUUGGAGGGGACAUUGCUACACUGUUCCAACAGUCAGAGAAAGAGAAGUCCAAGAGUGUGGAUGACUUCCUAGGCCAGCGCAAUGAUUCUUCAGAUGAGAUGGAAUGCGCUCCCUCCUACCAAGGAAGGGCAAAUCAGCAUUAUGUGCGGGAAGCAGACCGCGAGGGCCUCUUCAGCCCAUUUGAUGGACUGAUGCUCAACGAGGAGCAAGAGGACUGGGAUUUGUUUAGCGAGAUCACUGCCUGCUAUCAGAGCAAAGCUGGGCACGCCAGUUCCAACAGCUGUGACCUCCUGAGAGAGCAGGGAUCCUUUUGCUCCCACUGCUCGGUCUGCUCACUGGGGCCCCCUAGGAAUCGGUGUUCUUCAGAGCCCAGCGUUUGCCUGAGCUCUCAGCUUUCUGCUGAGGACCACGAGCCAGUGGCCCGGCAGUCCAGUUGUGAUGCCACCAUCAUGCACAGCCACGGUGAUUACAUCCGCAGGCUCCAGCAACUGCAGCUGGAGAGCCAGAAGCUCAUGGAUGAAGGGCUGAGCCCUGGUCUGAGCAAAGGAAAGCAGAGUUUCUGGGGGGGCUGCCCAAGCACCAGCGUGCCCAAGAAGCUCGACCCUCUGAAGUCGUGCCUGUCUAACACGUCUAGCUUCUCCAGCCUUUCAUCGACCACCACAUCUGCCUCCUCGCUGAGCUCCUUGGACAGCGCUUUCUCGUACUGCUCCGAGUCGUCUGCCUUCAGCCCCACUGAAGCCUCCACCCCGCCGUUCAUGUUCGGGACACCUACCAAGCACAACGCCUUGUCCCCUAAGAUGGCAAAGAGAUCCUUGAAGGAGUGGCACAAGCCCUUGACUUCCCCAUUGCCACUGGGCCCUUGCAAUGUGGGUGCUUGCUGCGGGAAACAGGUGGAGGACCAGGAGCCCAGCUGCAGCAGCAGAGUGUCAACAAGGGUCUUCCUGCCCAUAGGGAGCCCGUUUCACGAGGACAACUGGGACGAAGAGAGGAAAGAGGCAGGAGCUGCUGAAAUGUUCGGCCGCACACCUGUGAAGCCAGACUCCAGGGGUCAUUUUCCUAACACCGAGAGCCCUUCUCUGCCAGCACCGCAGGUGCAAAGGGAGAAAUCUGUGAAACACAUUGAGAUCAGUCGCCCCAAAGCUUUGCAUCGCAACCAAGAAAACCUGAAGCGCACCAAGAUAACUGUCUUCAUGGCACCUAAAACGAGCAAUCCCACAGCAUCUCCUGUAGGGCAAAACAAGGAGGAGACAGCCAAGAAUUUGCAGAGCGUGAAAAUUCAUAUUCCGCAGACAGUGUUCUAUGGGCAAAACACCCCUUUGGUCCUCCAGUCUGUCUCAAGGAGGUACCACCAUGAAUCAGUGAGCCAGUCACCCCAGGUGGAGAUCCCCGAAAGUGCUCCCCUCGUGGAAGUCCCAGGGCAACCAGCUGAGCAGGAAGGGUGGCACACCAAGGUCCAGCGGAGCACGUUCAGCCACAACCUCCGCAUCUUCCUCCCGGCCUCCAUCCGCAACACCGUCCGGGAGUACUUCAGCCAGGAAAGCUCUAAGGAAUACUGCACAAUGAGAGCAGAAACGGUGGAGAGUGAGCUUCUGCGGAGCAGGGCAGAGUGGCUUAGAAGCCAGCCCCGCCCCAGCACCCCGCCCAAGAAGCACAGCGGUCGAAUGUUUCCAGAAGAAACCAUUGUCUAGGAGCAGAGCACCCGCACCUUUUGCAUUUUUGUGCUUUCUUUCCACAUAGGGAGGAUAGUCCUGUGAAAGUGCCCUCUAAAAUGCUUAGCUGAGAUGUGAAGAUAAUUGUUUUUCAUGGGCUGGUGUCAAGUGGCUGUCAGUGUGGUCAUUUGUAGCUUUUCCCUUGACCUCUUUCUUUGUUUUCCCUGCCCAGAAGAAAGGACAGGAACAGAUGUCUGCUAACAUGAAGCCGUACUCCACACAUACAAAGCUUCAUCCUGCUGCUUUCUGCUGAAGAUGCCAGUUUGCACAGAGAGGUGAGCAGGCAGGAGCAGAGCCACUCAAAAGGAUUUUGACCCUGGUGCAAAGAACAGCCUGCACUGAUUCCAGGAGGGAAAAACAAAAGAAUAGUCUGAGCCCAAGCAUUGCCAAGGGAAGUGCAUGGAUGGCUACCCCCAAAUGAAAUCAUGUGAUCCUGUGUGCACUGGUAAAUGCUGCAGGCUUAAGGAUGCUGGCUGCCGGUGCUGGCUCAUCCACAGAGACAGCAGAUCUUGCCUCCAAGGAAUGCAUUGCCUGCUGCUGCUGUCAUUGCAGUCAGAUGCCAAAAUGCCUUGGGGUGGCCCUGCUGGCUGAACCACAUCUUUCUGUGAAAGAGGAGAGCCAUCCUUGCUAGGGGGACAGAAGAGUGUUUGAUAGAGAGGUUUUGAAGCAAGGUUUCAUUCAUUCAAGGUAUAAUUAUCGAAGGUUUUCUGAAUGGGACAUGUAGAAAAGAAAGCUGGGCCACUUUCUUAAACAGUGUUUAUUCGCUUUAACUGCCGGUUUUAAAAGCUUUAAUUGUGCCUGUGGUCUGCUCUUCAGCAUUUUUCAUUGAGCCUAAAAGUAAGUAGAAUAUCAAUCUUCCCUUAAAGUCAGUGGAAAUCACUGUCCUUGUGUUUAAACUGGAAGAAAUAGUUUUUUCCUGCUGAUACACGAUCAUUUUUUUAAAAAAUGUUGCUGUUGUUCGUGUCCCGUUUUGCUCGAGUUUGUUUACUCUUUGUUGUCAAUUUCUCUUGCGCAUAAAAGCUCAUAAAGAGAUUGUUUCCUUCUAGGUUUCUAAGCCAUGGUUGUAAAAUAUUUAAUAAAAGAAGCACAGCUUUAUUUGUCAAAACUGCCUUCUCGUUUUUGUCCAUGGCUUAGUAAAAGGAUUCUGGCUUUUAACACACAUUUUAUUUGUUAGAGAUCAAAGAGGAAUUGUAGUGGUAAAAAGAAUCCUACUCACUUCAUGUUUUUGCAGUUAAGAGGACUGGAAGUCUAAAGAGGUGCUACCCCCUUGCCUCUUAGUGUCCCCCGUAGUGAAUCCCACCGCCCCGCACUGGGUGGAACCCCCCACUUUGGAACCACUGGUCUACAGGGAUGGCAUUCCAAAGCUAUGGGGGAAAGGCCACUCACCGCACUGUCCUAGGGGGUGGGCACACCAAGAGGGGCUUCGAUGCAGAUCUCAAGUGUGUGGGCAGGGUGUUCUGGGUGCAGGCAACCCAGCAAUCCAGACCAUAUUAACACUUGCUGGUUUCAUGGACAGAUCAGAACACAUGUAACUCUUUCCCAUUGAAAUUGAGUGGCUCUCCUUGGCUGGAACACUCUUUUCCUACCUGACUCCCUUUUAUUGUUCACCAGUCACCACUGCAAUACCUCUCCAUGCAAAACCUCUUUUGUAUGCUUACUUGCUAACAUAUGCCUACAAUGUUGGCCUUUUGGGGUCCCUUCCACCUCUACAAUUAUAUGAUUCCACAUAUAGCUGUCCCAAGGUGUUUUGCACUGUUCAAACAAGUGCAUCCCACCACCUUUGCUUUCCUGAUUACAUGUGGGGUAUCAUAUAUAUUUUUCCUGGGUUGUUCUUAAUAUUUAACAUCUUGGGCCAUUAAAGUGUUUCAGAAGCAAUUCACAUUAUCAAAGAGGGCAGUGAAGAUUCUUGACAGUGGGAAAGAAUCUCCUUAUCUAAAUGUUCCAAAUCCCCGUUUUCAAGAUAGGAGUAAACAGAAUGAAAAGUUAAGUUUUCUUUGGAAAGAAAAUUUUAAAUAUGUAUUCCAAGAAUCUAGAAAGAUAUCAAACUGGCUCAAAAGUCAUCCUGACUUCAGCCCAAACAAGGAGUUUUGGCAGGGUCUGAAUGUCCCCUGUCCCUCCCAGCUGCAUAUGAACCAUCAAACUGUUGUCAUAUUAUUAAAGAACAACAAAUAAUUUAGGGAGCUGUAUUCUCACAUGUUUACUAAAAGUGGUGGAGGAAUCAUGUCCAGGAGGCGGAAACUAGAUUUGCUCCAAAUGCUUAAUACACCACUCAUAUUCAGGGUUUUCAAAGUCCUCAUGGGGCUUUACAAGAAUAUUGUGCUUAUCGCAUUGUUCCAUUCCCCAUUGUUUAGAUGCUGAGGUCAGUGGUGCCCGGUGCCCUCCCCCACCAAAAAAAGGGGGGGUUAAAAAUCAAGAUUACAAAAGUUGGGUGCCACCCGCUCUCUCUGCUGAGCGACAUAUUUUUCCUGUGUUGCUCUUAAUAUUUAACAGGCUCUUGGGCCAUUAAAGUGUUUCAGAAGCAAUUCACAUUAUCGAAGAGGUACUCAGCCAGGGUCUGUGGUCCUUUGGAGAUUUGAGACAUGGUAGAGACUGCCAUAGCUUUAAAAAAAUAUGGUUUAGUCACCUAUUUACACCUUCAGACUGCAUGGACGAAGUCCAGAUCUUACUGCAUGGUCAUCUCAAGCAGAGCUUGUUUCCCACAGCAUUGCGGCCCUGGAGUCCAAGGCAUCUCUCUCAGCAAGCCUUCAGCCAGCCUGCCCAAGAUGGAUCCCGGUCUUUUCCUUCUUCUUCCCAAAGUGUUUUCUUCCUCAAAAACUCUCUUUUUCUGUCCCUUCAAACACACACAUUGGCAACAUCUGUCUCCCCAGGCCAAAGGAUUCCUCUCAGAUGGCCCAUCAACACCUUUUGUCAUGUUAACAGAUUUGUUC